ACGUUCGGAGAAGGUCCGUUGUGUGUUGUAGCGUACCCUAAAUAAGAACGUACAACUAACACGGUUUACAAUCAUUGUCGCGGUUUUUCCACCGGUCUUGGUUGUUUGUCACAUUUUAAACAUGAACAGAGAUGAAUUUACAGCAGGACGGGGGAGGAAAACAUCAGUUCCAGAUAAAGUCGACAUGUCAUUAGAUGACAUAAUUCGACUGAACAAGAAGGAGCAGCAGAUUAAAAGGAGACAGGCCACAGUAAAUCGCCGACCAGUGAAGAAGAAAGGCCGUUUAAUUCAAGGAAAAGGAGUUUCGUCCAGGACUACUGGACCAGCCCAGAGAGGAGGUGGCGUUCCUCGUGGAGGAGUGUCUAAAUUAAGAAACAGGAGGGUCCCUCCUCUGCCAGGUCGACGACGAGGUCAGGGGGUUAUCACAGGACUGGCAGCCAGAAGGCCAACUGCACUCCUCAAGAGGGUGGGCACACUGAACAGAGCAACAAUCAACAAGAAAACACGGCAGAAAACAAAGCCCUUCAUUCAACGUCCUGAAGCUCCAUACAGGAAGCCAGAGGUACAGAGGAGGCCGUACAGGCAGCCCGAUCAACAGAGAGGCCAGAAUGUAACGUCGGUCAGGAGACCUUUUCAGCUACAGCGACGACCACUACCACCUGUACAGCAGACUCAGAGAGAAGCACGCCAGGCCACGUUUCUUUUUCGCAGAGGACUCAAGGUACAGGCCCAGGUGCAGAAGCCAAAUCCUCGCUCUACUCCAGUGAGAACUCGACAGUGGCGCACAUCGACAGCCAGCAGUGGAAUCUUAACUGUUUCAAUCGACAACCCCACAGCCAGAACUCAGCCUGAGCCACCCUCAGCUUGGACGCUGCACCCUCCAGCUCCCAGCUCUGCUCCUGUUAAAGUGGAAACCGUGGAGAAGAAAAUACCUAAAGGAGUGCCUCUGCAGUUCGACAUCAACAGUGUUGGAAAACCACAAACGUCGAUGACCUUGAAUGAGCGAUUCCGCAUCCUGAAGGAUCGGCGCACAGCCACAGCACACAUGAACAAAGGCAGCCGGUUUGUAACAGUGGGUUAGAGGACAAGAGGACGGUGAAGAGUAACGCUCAGCAGCCCCUUCGUCCCACUCGGACACCUGGUGGAUGCGACCUUUGUGAUGGAUGGGAUGUAUGACCCACUGACUGAUUUAACCAAAGGGAAGAAGGGAAACGGUGGGAUGGAUGAGAUCAGCCUGUGCAGCUGUGAGAACUGACGUGUCAAUAGAAGAGAUUGUUUAAAAAUAAAUCCCCAUUCAUUGUCCAUAUCAUUGUACUGCGCUGUUUGUAUUGUGGACCUCCUAAACUGGGAAGGAAAGAACCUUUUUUCCCUUUGGACUUGAAAGUAUUGACACUACUAGAGACUGCUCAGAAAUAUUUGAUUUACAGAGGACAGCUAUGUAUUUACUCCAGUGGGAUGUAUGUUUAAAAAACCUUUUUUGACAUUUUUGAGAAUUAUUUUGUAAAGUUUGUUCCAAUAAAGGAGUUUCUCUUACAA